GCUGUAAACAUUAUCCGGCUUCGGUAUUGCAGUAGCAUAAUCUAUGAUUCUUAAAAUAUCUUACACAUCAAAAAAAAAAAAAAUUAGUUUUGGGGGUGUUCUAGGUAAUUUCCGACUCUAUUCUUCAGGAAUGCCAAAAAUGUGGCUGUUAUUUCUAGUAGACCGAGAGACUACUCGUAGAGCGGCUUCCCUCUCGUCCCGCGCUGACGAGACCAGGUCUUUAUCAGCAGCAGUCUGAUGGCGGGAAACUACGAUUUUCUGACAUUGUAUAUAAUGCAAACCAGAUUUUCAUAAACACCCGUUCUUUAUAUGAAAAUAACUACCAAAAAUAAGUAAUUUCACGGAUUAGCUUUUAUAUAGCUACUUACCAAAUUAGAAAUAUGGAAAUUGCUCCGAAAAGACUGAAGAAAUCUUCGAUAAAAGCAAUUUCUUCAAAUUAUAAUGAAGACGAUGCGAAAUUAACCAUUUAUAAUGUGUCUCCCAAUGACGAUAUAUCUUUACAGGAAUUUGAAGACUUCGCUAUUGAGAGAGUUAAAAUUUUGAAAAUAGUUGAGUCUUUGGGUCUUCAAUACGUCAAGCUAAACGACGACUACAACCGUGAACUGCGGGCCAAACUGAAGACUACCAAAAUAUGGAAGGAAAUAAGAAAAACCGGUCGAUUUGAUCAUGUUUCACACUUUAUUCUUCGACUUGCUUAUUGUCGAUCGGAAGAAUUGCGUCGUUGGUUUCUUCAGCAAGAAUUAGACCUGUUUCGUUACCGUUUUUCCAAUCUUACAACAGAAGAGAAGAGGGAGUUUGCUAACGAUAACAAAAUUGGUUAUGAGGAGAUUUCUGAACAGGAGAAAGACCAGUUGAUGCCGAAGCUAAUAAAAUGUGGUCGUGGCACUGUCAGCUCUGACUAUUAUAAAGUCUGCUUCACAGAUGUUCUUGACUUGGUCAGAUCACGAAAAGUCUACUUGCAAAGAGGUUAUGCUUAUGUCCAGUUUAAUGACCUCAUCUCACUAAUUAGUAAUCACUUCAGGGAACAACUCUCAAAAGGUUUAGCUGUCACCUGCCGUUCUUUGCCUCAUCUGGAGGAAGAUGACCGUCUUUUACCGUUGCUGAAUAAUUUGAGUCGAGCCUACCUUGGUGAAGAUUUCAGCGGUCAGAAAAACAAUGCUGGCGCCGUCACAGUUGAUAUGCUGGAUUCUUUGUCUCGCAAGUCAUUUCCUCCCUGCAUGCAGCAGCUACACCAAAGUCUGCGCCAGCAUCAUCACCUGCGACAUGGCGGACGCUUACAGUACGGUCUAUUCUUGAAGGGCAUCGGUCUCCUGUUAGAAGAUGCUUUGCGCUUCUGGGGUGCAGAACUUUCACAGUCUGUCGGUAUAGAUAAGUUUGAAAAAGCCUAUGCAUAUAACGUUCGGUACAACUAUGGAAAGGAAGGAAAACGAGCCAAUUUUACGCCCUACAGCUGUGCUAAAAUCAUUCUAAGCAAUCAUCCGGCUAAUGGAGACUACCAUGGUUGUGUUUUCCGCCACACUGAUCCUGCAUUGUUGCGACAGAAAUUCCAAGGUCAAGGAAUGUCGGCGGAAAAUGUUGCAAAGCUGGUGAAUUUUGUGACCGAAGGACAUUACCAAUUGGCUUGUAUGAAGCAUUUUGAAAUCACUCAAGGUGUCAAAGGAUGCAGUUUUGGCCUUCAACAUCCCAAUCAAUAUUUUGAAGAAAGCCAGAAAAUUCUUAAUGGAGAAGUAAAAACAAAUGUGUCCUCAACACCCGUCCGAAUUGUAAAACUGUCCCACGCACAGUCCGGCUCUUCACAGAGAAAUCAGACUCUAAAAUCUCCAUUGGUCACUAAAAACGACAACAACGACACACUCCUUGAUGAUGAUGAUGGCAUUGAUGAUGACCUCUUGGCUGACCAGUUGCUUGAUGUCGAGGACAUGAAUCAGAUAUCAACCUGAAAUCUUUACAACUUUUCUCUCCUUCCUUCUCUCCUGUCUUUUUUCUUCUUUCUUUUCUUUAUUUCAAAUGAUGACAAAUAAGUUGUUUGUUUUUGUUUGUGUUAGUGUUACCUUCCCACUCCACCCCAUCCAAUUCCUUGUUUUUUUUCCACCACACCUUUUGUAAUUCUUCCCACGUCUAAUUUUCUUUUCUCUCCCAUUCCAUCAUGCCUGACUACAAAUCUUUCCAACUCACUCUCCACAACCGCCUAAAACUAUACCUCCGCACACUUCCCUCUCUAUACUUUCAACCCUAACCCUAACCCUAACCCCACGCCCAGCUACCAACAGACUGUGUCCUCCACUAUCCAUGACCUCAUCCUCUUCUCCUGUCUCCCCGCCACCGC